AUGGCGUCCCAGGCUCCACUCGAUAUUUUUUUUGCUGCUUAUGUCGCUUUCGAAUAUGAUGCGUCUUCACCUGCAAUAUACGAGUUCAACCGCAUGUGCCAGUUUUUCAAAUGGCAGAAGAAAGGGGAUGACAGGAAUCUGGCGUAUAUGCGCUUCAAAGAUGCCCUCACUGGGCAAUUCAACUCUACAUAUGGGACCGACGUACAUGACUACAAUUCGUGGAAAAGGUUGGCAGAGGUUCUACGAAUCUCUCCUGUGCCAGACACCAUUUCUGGCUGCAGAAAAGAAAUCAAAAAGGUGUUCGUUAACAUCACUGACCUGGUGGAUACAGCACGCACAGAUAAGGAUGUGGUGCUGUUCAGCUCAGAACACGAGUUAUCGCGUUAUACGAAGAAAUCGAAGAAGUUUUUCCCGCGGAACGAAGCAAAGGCGGGGGGGAUUUUGAAAUUUUUACUUCGACAAAUCAUGCGUCCUGGCAGCAGAGGGAAGGGUCGCUAA